AUGGCAAUGCUUCCUCCUGGCAGUCCUGGUAUGGGUCAACAAAUGUUUUACAGUCAAGCUCAGCCUACGUUCAUUCCUCCCCAACCUGGUUUCGGAUACGGUUCUGUGUUUUUUGCAUCCAUUGUUACGUUUUCUUUGUUUUUCUCACAUGUUGAAGAUAAAUUCAUUGAAAGGCUUCGUGAGAAAGAAGCCAUGGUGGAAAACAUCAACAAGAAGAACAUGGAACUCGAAAUGCAGGUCGAAGAAUUAGCCAUGAAAGCCGUCACGUGGCAGCAACGGGCGAAAUACAACGAGAAUAUGAUCAACACCCCGAAAUAUAAUCUUCAACAAGUGUACGCGCAGGGGAAAGAUAGUAAAGAAGGAUGUGGUGACAGUGAGGUUGACGACACGGCUUCAUGGUGCAAUGGUCGGGCCCACUUGCUUUGCAAGGGUACUAAUGGCGCAAUGACGUGUAUGGUGUGUCGGGUGAAUGAAGUGUGCAUGCUUUUGUUACCAUGUAAGCAUCUUUGUCUGUGUAAAGAAUGUGAGAGUAAGCUUGGUAUGUGCCCGUUGUGUCAGUGCUCCAAGUAUAUAGGUAUGGAAUGA